AGUUAUCUGAUUUGUCUUUAGCUAUCACACAGUCACGUGAUACGUCUGGCAGGCACAACAGACAUAAUUUCAAGAUGGCGGUCUGUAUUGCUGUCAUCGCUAAAGAGAAUUAUCCUCUGUACAUCCGAAGUGUACCGAUACAGAAUGAACUGAAGUUCCACUACACAGUACAUACCUCUCUGGAUGUGGUGGAAGAGAAGAUUUCAGCAGUCGGCAAAGCUAUGGCAGACCAGAGAGAGCUUUACCUUGGGUUGCUGUACCCAACUGAGGACUACAAAGUAUAUGGCUAUGUGACAAACUCCAAGGUGAAGUUUGUCAUUGUCGUGGACUCGUCAAACACAUCUCUGCGGGACAAUGAGAUUAGAAGUAUGUUCAGAAAGCUACACAACUCAUUUACUGAUGUGAUGUGCAACCCAUUCUACAAUCCUGGAGACACCAUUCAGUCCAAGGCCUUUGACAGCAUGGUGUCUGCAAUGAUGGUGCAAGUUAGCUGAUAUUGUCGUCCUCCUGAACAUCUGUACAUAAUUUCCUGAAACCCUUUACAUGUUGCCUCGUGUAUAAUAACAGUAAAAUAAACUAUGUCCAUCAGAA